CCCUCAAUGAGAACUCAUGUGGAGUACUCGCCUGGUCUGAGGUGACAACAAAUCUUAAAUCCACAGGUUUUAGCGCUCACCACUCGGAUCAGAUUGGAUCGGAAUGAAGUCCACGGGAGAUAAAGCACGCACUUGACUUCAGUGGAAAGGCACAGUAUGGCUAGAGGACAUCUCCAUAGCUGAGGACAGGAGAAUGCUGUGGAACUCUACAGGUGGCGAGGAUCUGCAGGGGAACAGCAGUGACUCCGGCCCAGAGAAUGUGGAGCAAAUCCUCGUCCCAAUUUUUGAUACUGUCAUUCUGGUGUUGGGGGUUGGGGGCCACACGAUGGUUAUAAUGAUCCUUUGUAGAAGACGGAGGCGGGGCCUGGGAUGUAUGGCACAGUCUCCCCAGGGUUCUACGACAGGGUCGAGCACAGAUGUCCUCUUGUUGGCUCUCAGCUGUGCAGAUCUCCUGUUGUUGUCCAUACUUCCUUUCCACACCGCUGCUGUAGUCAUGCAACAAUGGUCAUUUGGGAACUUCCUGUGUCGUCUGGUGAGCUUCAUGGGCUCAGCCUGCUCCUCUGCCAGUGCAUUCACACUGGCCACUCUGGCGGUAUCUCGCUAUCUGACUGUGGUGGAACCAACAAAGGCUUACCGUGUCCUCUUGCCUCAUCGGGUAUCUAUAGGGGCUGUGCUACUCUGGGUCCCAGCAUGUGGUCUGGCUGCUCCUCAGCUGGUUUUUCGCUCUGUAGGAAUUCCAUACCGUACCCCUGAUGGCCUAACUUGCUUUGCUUUCUUGUCACAUCAAGAACAGCUAAUUUAUGGAUUGUUUCACUUCCUGGUGGCAUUCUUGCUUCCACUGGUCACCACUGCAGUGGCAUAUGGUGGUAUCUACAUGUUCCUUUGCAGCAGCAAACACACUAGAAGGGCCUCACAGGUAGCUCGCUACCAGAGCAAAGUGACUCAGACCUCUGCCCUCCUGGUGCUGGCUUUUACGCUCUGCUGGCUGCCAUCUUAUGGCCUUAUGUUGGCCUUGUUGGCUGUCCAAACCUCUGGGGCCACUGGCACCUCACCACGUUAUGGGCCCUUCAGUGUAUUUGCCCGCAUCAUGGCAACUUCCUCAACAGUGGCUAACCCCAUCCUUUAUGUGCUUAUGUCCCAAAAGUUCAGACAGGAUAUAUUGCGACUGUUCAGGAGAGGAGAGUUUAGUGUCAGACAAGCUGCAGCCUGACAGACUCAACAGCGACCACAAUGACAAAUGUUUUGGUAUUAUAAUCAAACUGCUCCUUCAAA